UAGUGAGUUGUUUAACCACUAGACUGACAAUCUGUGGUGGAGGUAACAGAUCUGGAGUAAAAGCAUCAAAGUCCCCUGUUUUCCUGCAUUCGUUGAAUCUUGAAUAUCUUGAACCUCUUCUGCGACGCUUAACCUCCUUAUUCAGACGCUAUAUCGACCGUCGCAGUAACAAUAAGAAACAGCCCCGGUCUCAGCCUUGGCACCCCCCCGCGAAACACUACACAUCUCCAACCAAAGGAGCCUAGAGAGUGCCCCCCGACGCCAAUUGUCUCAUCCCAACCACGAAACCCGCUGCGAUUCUCCUCUGUAACGUUUCAACUUCCGCUGGCAACUUCGUAGCAUCUCGGCAUCCACAUCUUCCGUACCCGAUCUGGCAACUCGAUACCUCCUUGUACCCGUUUAAACAGAUCCCCAGCGCAUCAGAUUUCGGAUCACGGUUCCUACUAUAGCCUUGAUAUUCUUGGCCGAGCCUGUCGACUUUUGCAACGAAAAAAAAAUUCACUUUAUGAACCUGGUCCUUCCUGCGAUCUCAUCCGAACCUUUCUUCAUCUCUCUUUUCUCGGGUCGCUAUUGUUUGUUACUCAGCGUCCUCGCCAACAUUCCCUAAACCCCUCCCCGGGCUUCUCAGCCACGACUUUCGCUUCAUCUCGCUGCUGGAUCAGUCUCUUAUUCUGUUUUACUAUUUUUAAGGGUUUUUGGAUAAUUUACUCGAUAUCUCACUCUCUCUAUCGAGCGUAAAUCCUCUAUAGUCCUGUCGCCGGCCGACCUUGACUUUUCUUUCUUAAUUAACACUCGACACAUACCGCAACGAUGGGUUCACAUAUCGGAUUCCUCGAAUUAAUAAAGAAGCAGUUUACCGCCAGUAAACUCUUCUUCCACUUUCUUUUCUGGACUUUUCACUGGGGUAUUUUUGCCUAUGGUUGGUGGAAGCAAGCCGCAGAUGCCAGACUGGCAGGUCUCAACACACUCAAAUUCUCAGUAUGGAUCUCACGAGGUGCUGGUCUAGUUCUUAGCGUCGAUUGUAUGCUUAUCCUGCUCCCUGUAUGCCGAACCAUCAUGCGUUGGGUCCGACCCAAGAUUCGAUUCAUUCCACUCGACGAGAAUCUCUGGAUGCAUCGCCAACUCGCCUAUUCCAUCCUUCUCUUCACCUGCCUUCACACAGGCGCCCACUACGUCAACUUCUAUAACGUCGAGUUGACUCAGAUUCGACCUGUCUUGGCUCUUCAGAUUCACUAUGCUCAGCCUGGUGGAAUCACUGGUCAUGUCAUGCUUCUCUGCAUGUUGCUGAUGUAUACGACCGCUCACGCUCGCAUCCGCCAGCAGUCAUUCGAGACGUUCUGGUAUACCCACCAUCUCUUCAUCCCGUUCUUCCUCGGUCUUUACACCCAUACCGUUGGAUGUUUCGUGCGCGACACACCUGAGGCCAUCUCACCAUUCGCGGGUGACGAGUUCUGGGAGCACUGUAUUGGUUAUCUUGGAUGGCGAUGGGAGCUCUGGACCGGUGGUUUCUACCUUCUUGAGCGUCUGUGGCGUGAGGUUCGUGCUCGACGUGAGACCAAGAUCACCCGAGUUGUUCGCCAUCCUUAUGAUGUGGUUGAGAUCCAGUUCAACAAGCCUUCCUUCAAGUACAAGGCUGGUCAGUGGCUCUUCCUCCAGGUACCCGGGCUCUCCAAGUACCAGUGGCACCCUUUUACCAUCACUUCGUGCCCCUUUGACCCUUAUGUGUCUGUCCACGUUCGCCAAGUUGGUGACUUCACUCGAGAGUUGGGUGAUGCGCUCGGUGCUGGUGCUGCCCAGGCUAAGCUCUACGACGAUGUUGACCCUAUGGGUAUGUACGAGGUUGCCCUUCAGAACGGUGAUCAGAUGCCAGCCCUCCGAAUCGACGGCCCUUACGGUGCCCCUGCCGAAGAUGUAUUUGAGAACGAAAUCGCUGUGCUUAUCGGUACCGGUAUUGGUGUCACUCCUUGGGCCUCUAUCCUCAAGAACAUCUGGCAUCUCCGCAACUCGCCCAACCCUCCCCGCCGACUUCGACGUGUCGAGUUUAUCUGGGUGUGCAAGGAUACUGGUUCAUUUGAGUGGUUCCAGACUCUCCUGUCAUCUCUAGAAGAGCAAUCUAACGAAGCGGCACGCAUGCCUGGAAGCUCGGGCGUCGAGUUCCUCAAGAUUCACACCUAUCUCACACAGAAGCUGGAUAUCGACACUGCUCAAAACAUCGUACUCAACAGUGUCGGCGCUCAGAUGGAUCCCCUCACAGAACUACAAUCACGAACAAACUUUGGUCGCCCUGAUUUCCCUCGUCUGUUUACUACCAUGCGAAACGGUAUCUUGGACCGAACAUACCUGAACGGUCUAGAGUCUCAUAUUAGGACGACAGUUGGUGUUUACUUCUGUGGUCCAUCAUCAGCCGCUCGUGAUAUCAAGACGGCUUGUAAAGCAGCCACAGUUCCUGAUGUGGAGUUCCGAUUCUGGAAGGAACACUUCUAAGCUCGCGAUCGUUUUGAAUAGCUUCUUCUUAAUUUCAGGAUACCAUCAAAUACAAUUUAUUUGCAUACACCACCAGAUAGCCUGAACGCUUAAUCAUCUAGCGGUUUUGAAACUUCUAAAAUCAAGAAACUUGACCCCUUG